CUGUCACGCUUUACUACCAGCAGGCACAGGGAGGAAGUCCGUGCGUCUGGGAGACGAAGAACAGCCGCAACGCACCGAGCUGGAAACUACUUCCAAACUUAACCUGGGGACUACAGAGAAGCCGCAGCACAGCGGCUCCUCGUCGGGGACCUGCAGCGGAGGAACAUGGACUAGAGGCGGCGGGUCGCGGCAGAUGGAGGCGCUGAGAAGUUUGGUGUUUGUCGGGGCCGUGCUGCUCGGAGCGACGGGCGCGCUGGGCAGAGAAGUAUGCCUGGGUACAGAUAUGAAGCUGACCCUGCCCUCGAGCCUGGAAAACCACUACAAGACCCUGAGACUGCUCUACACUGGCUGCCAGGUCGUCCACGGGAACCUGGAGAUUACACAUCUUCAUGGGCAACACGACCUCUCCUUCCUGCAGGGGAUCGUGGAGGUGCAGGGUUAUGUCCUCGUAGCCCACGUGUCGGUGGAUCUGGUGCCUCUGGACAACCUGCGGAUCAUCCGGGGCAGCCAGAAGUACAACUCCAGCUACACCUUGGCCGUGCUGGAUAACACUCUGAACGGACAGGGGCUCAGGACACUGCGGCUUCGUAGCCUCACAGAGAUCCUGUUGGGCGGUGUGUACAUCUGGGGGAACCCUCAGCUCUGCUUCCCUGAUCCUGAGAACAUCAUUUGGAGGGACACCAUGGACGAGCAGCCCCAUAACAGCAGGCAGCUCCGACUGCAGGCUCGAGCCUCAGAAUGUCCAGAUUGCUUCUCUGGAUGUGGGAAAAGCUGCUGGGGAGAAACUGCACAGGACUGCCAAGCCUUGACUCGUAUCAAUUGUGCAUCUGGCUGUCAGCGGUGCAAAGGUCCUCUGUCCAACGACUGCUGUCACAAGCAGUGUGCUGCUGGAUGCACAGGACCGAAAGACUCUGACUGCCUGGCCUGCCGUCACUUGAACGACAGCGGUGUGUGUAAGGGGAACUGUCCUCCACCUACGAUCUACGACCCCCUCACCUACCAGUCCAAACCCAACCCAGACAAGAAGUUCAACUUUGGAGCCACCUGCAUCAAGACGUGUCCUUAUAACUACCUGGCUAUGGAUGUGGCCUGUACUUUGAAUUGUCCCAAAGCCAACCAGGAAGUUAUCAUUACCAACCCUGAUGGAAACGAGACACAGAUCUGUAGGACGUGCGAAGGAGACUGUCCCAAAGUGUGUUAUGGCCUCGGUACGGACAACCAAGGCGUCAUGGACAACCACGGUAUUAUAAUGGUGACAUCGUCUAAUGUGGAGGAGUUCAACAAGUGUAAGAAGAUCUUCGGCAGUCUUGCCUUCUUCUCUCAGAGCUUUGCACGGGACCCGGAGACCAACACGACAGGUGUGACUCUGGAGCAGUUGAGCUCCUUCAAGCACCUGGAGGAGUUAACAGGUUACUUGUACAUUGAAGCUUGGCCAGAGGAGUGGACCGACCUGAGUGUGUUUGAGAACCUGAAGGUGAUCCGAGGCAGGAUGCUCUACAAGGGAGUGUUUUCACUUGCCAUCCAAAAUCUGCACAUCCAGUCUCUUGGGUUGCGUUCUCUUCACAGCGUCAGUGGAGGUCUGGUGCUGUUGAACAACAAUUCCAAGCUGUGCUACACAAACUCACUGCCCUGGGGGACUCUCCUGCAUCCCACCCAGGGACCCCACCGCAUCGUCAGCCUCAACCAGGACGCAGCUGUCUGCGAGGCAGAGGGAAACAUUUGUCACCCGCUGUGCGAAGGGGGCUGUUGGGGUCCGGGCCCCGGCCAGUGUGUGUCCUGCAAAGCUUUCCAACGUGGCACCGAGUGUGUAGAGCAGUGUGACAUCUAUCAGGGGGACAUCCGUGAAUACGCAGACGGAUCUUUGUGCGUUGUCUGUCACGCACAGUGUCGCCCUCUGAACGGCUCCGCCUCCUGUCAUGGACCGGGUGCAGAUCAUUGCACCGAGUGUAAAAAAUCGCAGGACGGGGAGUUCUGUGUGGACCAGUGUCCCAGCGGCGUGAAGGAGGAUCAGCAGACUGUGUGGAAGUACAGCAAUGCGUCCGGACACUGUCUCCCCUGCAGCCACAACUGCUCGCUGCCCUGCCCGUUGAAGGACGACAGAGGCUGCCCCCUCGAUAACAGGACAGGCCCGGGUACGACCAUCGCGGCUGCAGUGGGUGGCGUGGUGCUCUUCUUCAUCUUGCUGGCUCUGCUGGUUUUCUACCUGAGGAGGCAAAAGAAGCUGAAGAAGAAGGAGACCAUGAGGAGGAUCCUGCAAGAAUAUGAGCUGGUAGAGCCUCUGACGCCCAGUGGUGCUUCACCCAAUCAGGCUCAGAUGCGUAUCCUAAAGGAGACGGAGUUGAAGAAGCUCAGGGUGCUGGGGGCAGGGGCCUUUGGUACCGUUUACAAGGGAGUGUGGGCUCCGGACGGGGAGAACGUGAAAAUACCAGUGGCUAUUAAGGUAUUACGAGAGAACACCUCGCCAAAAGCCAAUAAAGAGAUCCUUGAUGAGGCUUAUGUGAUGGCGGGGGUGGCCAGCCCUUAUGUGUGCCGUCUUCUGGGAAUCUGUUUGACCUCCACCGUGCAGCUGGUCACUCAGCUGAUGCCAUAUGGCUGCCUGCUCGACUACGUCAGGGAGAACAAGGACCACAUCUGCUCCCAGUUCCUCCUCAACUGGUGUGUGCAGAUCGCCAAGGGCAUGAGUUACCUGGAGGAGGUCCGGCUGGUCCACAGAGAUCUGGCCGCCCGCAACGUUCUGGUGAAAAACCCAAACCACGUGAAGAUCACAGACUUCGGCCUGGCCCGCUUGCUGGACAUAGACGAGACCGAGUAUCACGCCGAGGGAGGGAAAGUGCCAAUUAAAUGGAUGGCUCUGGAGUCCAUUCUGCACCGGAGGUUCACUCAUCAGAGCGACGUCUGGAGCUACGGAGUGACCGUUUGGGAGCUGAUGACGUUCGGAGCCAAACCGUACGACAUGAUCCCGGCGAGGGAAAUCCCAGAUUUGUUGGAGGGAGGACAACGACUUCCCCAGCCGCCCAUCUGCACCAUCAACGUCUACAUGAUCAUGGUCAAAUGUUGGAUGAUUGAUGCAGAGAGCAGACCAAAGUUCAAAAAUCUGGUGAAUGAUUUCAGCGUCAUGGCCAGAGACCCUCCUCGUUAUGUAGUCAUUCAGAACGAUGAGCAGAUGAGCAUGUCCUGCCCUGUGGACAGCCAGUUCUUCCGGACGCUCAUGGAGGAGGAAGGGGACAACAUAAGGGAGCUGCUGGAUGCUGAGGAAUAUCUGGUGCCUCAGCCGAACCUCUUCCCCAGGAUUCCAGGAGACGGGGCUCAGUCCAACGGGCCGUCCAGACACCAGUCACACAGGCAGAGCAGAGAUCAGGAAUUAGACGUCGAUCCGUCCAUCGCCGGCGUCCCUCGGAGCAUGUACUCCUCCCUGAGCACUCUCGGGCGCAGCCAGUACCCCACCCUACCAUUAGGGGCCAGCAACUCCAACGGCAUUUGGACUCCUCAGCACCAGACGCUGGCUCGCAGCCCCUCGGCCGGUAGCCAGUCGGACUCCGUCUUCAUCGACGGGGGGCCUGACGACCCCUCGCUGCCCCCGGCCAGCCCUGGACGCUACUGCAAAGACCCCACGGACCCCGGCGGCAGCCAAGGCGAGCUGGAGACAGAUGGGCCGAACGGCUUUCAUCAUCCUCAUCAGUUUCGUCACUCGCUGCCCAGACGUAGUCAUGGAAUCAAUCAUAAUCAAACUGGUCCAGAGUACGUCAACCAGGAGGUUCAGGAUUUCAGACCGGGUAUCCCAGAUCGUGCCUCCACGCUGCCUCGUAAAGGCUCCAGACUAGAGCGGCGUCUCCCCAACGGCCUGAACUCCGGUCAAAGCGUGGAAAACCCAGGAUACCUGGUCCCUCCAGGCUGCGGCUCCUCAACCUCGCCGGCCUUUGACAACCCAUACUAUCUGGACCUUGUGGCCAAAGCCAACGCUGUAGCAGGGGCAGGGGAUGGGGCAGGAGGAAUGCCCCGGCACGUGAACGGGUUUGUGACCUCCACAGCAGAGAAUCCAGAGUAUCUGGGACUAGCAGACACCUGGAGCGGACAUACUUGAAGAGAGGGAACAGAAGUAAUGCGAUGAACUCAAGAGGAGUCAGAUUAAGUUCUACUGAGGUAACAGAUGAGUGAGAGAAAGGGAAGGUGGAUGCGUGUGUGUGUGUGUUUGACGUUGGGAAAGAGCACAUGGAGCUGAAUCCUCUGAAGAUCCAAGCCAGGUGAGGAUAUCUGGCAAACGUCACCAAAUCAACCAGCUGUGGCACGACACUGUGUGGAAUUAAUCUGGUGUCUGUGGCAUCAUUUGUAUUACUGCCUUCCCCUCAGCAAUCUGUUGAGGGUCUAAAAGAAGUUCACUUGGCCUCUGUAAAUAACCCAGUACUGGAGAAGCAGAAGAGUCACUGGUGGAGACCCAUCAUGGUAUGAGAAGAGUCUGAUCAUCACUCAAUCCAACAAGUGACUGGAUUCACAAAUGCUAAUUUCCUUUGUUUAUUUUUUUUAAACAUUAAUUGUCAUUUAACUAGUCUGUGUCUUAUCUACAUGUGGAGCAUUUUUAAAAAAAAUAUAUUUCCCAUGUUUCCCUCCCGUGUCCUGAUUUGCUCCAGUCCAGCUAAACAGGGCAAAAAAAAACUAUAUAGAAGACUUUGACAAGUGAGCCAUGGUGUGCACUCAGGAUUGCGUUUAGUAUUCUGCUCACUUUCUCCGGGACCUGAUGGGGGUCUUCAGUACACUCAAAGCCAUUUUGUUUUGGCCGGCGAGGGCCCUGCAGCCCAUCUGGCCAGUAGAUAUGCUCCCAGAAAGAAAGGCUUCCUGUAUGCAGAAGACAGAGGCAUUGUGCUGCACUGAUGUAUGUGGUUGUUAGUGUCUGUGGCUGCAGCUUCUUUGUGGUACGGCUGAUGAGAUAUGAGGUACUUGCAGAAUUUUAAACCGCACAGAUCUCAGUAAAUUCUUGUUUUUGUUGUGAAAUCACAGUAAACAAGUAGUUAGGGUCGCGAAAACCUUUCAGGGAUUGACGGUUUUGCCAAGUAUUAGGUAGAAUUAUUUGCAUUUUAAAUAAUGCAUUAUGCAGGGACAUGUACUGCAUGUGCCCCCCGCCCCCCUGCCCCUAGAUUGUGUUAUCACAAUGAGCUUUUUUAGUUUCAGAGGCCGAUCACUGUGCAAGAAUUCAUAUGAGCUGUUGUUAAAUAUUCCAAAAGAAAUGAAGAAUUUCUUUCUGCCCGUCACCGAGGCAGCGCUUUUCCACAAAUCACAGACUACUCAUUGAAGUUUCUUCCUCAAGGUUUGUUGUGGCUUGUGAGAGAAUAAGUGCGUUCAAUAAGUAAACAGUUAUUUCAAGCAACAGUAGGUAGUUUUAUACUGUAGAAUAAAGCUUCAUUAUCAUUUUGAUGUUACACAAAAUUAUGACCGGUAGAAUGGUGUCGUCUGUUAUUGCCACAGUGCCCCCUGGAGGCCUGGAAGUGCACUAAAAAAUACAGCUAGCAGCUAGCUAUAAGAUACAACAGGCAUCGUCAGUGUGGACACAACUUUACUGCCACCGAAGAAACCAAGGAGGAGAAAACGAUAAAGUGAAUAUUACACCACAUCUCACUCUUUAGCGAGAGACCAAAAGUUGUCGGACAGAUUCUGCUGUUGUCGUCGGACUUGUAUUUGCGUAAAAUCUCUCCGUGGUCAGUCAACAUGGUUACUUGGCUUCUUCAUCUUCAGUUUGUCAACAAAUGCACGUGUGUUCAGCCAUGUGCACCGGGAGGCUCAGGCAACAACUCGUAUUUACGAAUUACACAUCCCAACCUGUAGGGGGAGCCAUAUUGUAGCCAAGCGUUGAUUUUUGCAUUGAGCCGCUUUAAUAAACGCUUUAAACAUUGGAAAGGUGUUAAACAAACGCCUUUCAGAUGUUUGUUGUUGCUCCCCGACUCUUCCAGCUGCCUGCGUUCUCCCACUGGCCCUCCUCUCUGUAUCAGUGUGGAAAGCGCUGCCUCGUAACAAGCCUGUGUUGUCGUUCUGCUGUUUGUGUAUUUGUGCACUGGACACUGGAGCUCAAUGUGAUUCUGAGGAGACAAAAAAUGUCUCCCUGCUCGAUUUGAAUAAUCAAUGCAUGGCUCAAAUUCCACUCGGCGAGAGCACACUGCCGUCCCAGUUAAUAAUCAACAGCAUUUUUUUGAAGACUUUCUUUAAUGUUAACUAGCGUUGGGCCGGGGGAGGUCGACACGAGUCAAUGGAGCCAUUGUGUGACCCACCCCCACCCCCAUGUCCUUGUUGGAAAGUCAGUACUCUCCCAAGUCACACGUCCCAGCGACUGGUGUUGUCGCAGCUUUGAAAAGAGAGAAGUCAAGGUUUUUCAUUUCUGCGGAGGUUUGAGACCCGGCAGCAGAAUGUGCUUCAGUGUUCGGGGGCUUUUUUUUUUAUCUCGACAUAAAUUUCCCGGCAUCUUGUCGUUCACUAAACGAGCCGCAGCUCUUCCUCCAGCUGCCACCAGCUACUACUGAGAUUCAACGUUGUUCUCUGAGGAGGAACUUCUCUUCCCUGAGAUGUGUGAUUUCUCAGAGGUCAUCCACACAAUGAACAGAGUGUGUCCGGAGUGGGAGGUCUGAGGCAGAUCCACUCUCACUCUUCAAGUCUUUGGCAAAACUUGCUUUUUAUUUUCAUGUUCUCUUACGGGUUUUGAAGAGUUUUGUUCCAGGAUAAAAAUAUAAAAAAUGUAUACCUAAUCUUAGAUAAUUAAGAAUAACCUCUUUUUUUAAAUACAAACAUAAGACUUUACAUCCAUACCUGCAACUAUUGUAUACUAACAAUGAAUUGAUUGAAUUAUUUUUGAGUGAUAAGAUUCAUAUUACAGUUUUUCAUGUCUUUUAUUAUUAUGAAUACACACUACAGUGUUUUGGAAAUGAAACCCUUCAUGUGUUAUUGCUGUCAGUUGAAGACCUUGUGUCUUUUCAGAGAAAAAGCAGAUUUUACAAAAAUAUUACACUGAUUAUAGUGUAAUUUUCAUAAAAUAAAAAAGGUAUUUUAUGAAAAAGUUUUAAAAACACUAAUGAAUGUAAAAGUUUAUCUGCAUCUAGAGGAGUGUGUUAAACUUAAAUCAUAAUUAAAAGACCCAGUAGCGCCAGUAACAUUUUCAAUUUCCUCUAAGACAUCCACGUGUUUUUUAGGAAGGAGAAUUCACCUCUGCUGGAGAAAAAAACCCGGUUUUCACAGCGGGUGGUAACAUCAGCUCGCAGAUGUUCUCUAUCUCACCUGGAAAUGAUGAGACCAUGACACAGCUGCCACAGUUAAUGUCUCUGUGUGUGUGUGUGUUUACACUGUAGUGUCACUUUUGUAUGAAUUGUUAAUUUUAGAGGUCGUCUGCACAUCGUUAAGGAAACUCAUCAGUUCGCCUUUAUACAGUUGGAUAGUUGCUGUUGUUCUUUCUACUUCCACAGAGGUCAUGCUCUUACACUGUCGGUCUUUUUGUCAACUUCAGUCCUGGACCCAGAUCAGAGGGUGGAUUUAGGAAUUUUAGGAUUAAAAAAUAAAAGGUCAAGUUAAAGGGGAUUCAUAUUUAUGAGUGGGAGAAAUCUGUGGUUUCAUAAGGGGACUGCUGGGCCUUGGUGGAGAUGUGUGCUCUAUUGAGUGCUAUUCUAGAUUGAAUAUACUGGCACUCACUAGAGCGUAUAACUCUGCCAAGGUCCAAUAGUCCCCUUAAAUUCAAUCAAGCUGCACCAGAUUGCACACACUCAAAGAUAUCUGUGCGGGAAAUAUAUAAUAAAAGACUCACUACCUUGCAAUAAAAGAAAUUCCUGGAUCUGCCCCUUUGUCCAGAUCUGUGCCAGAAUUGAAUGAGUUCUUCCUUGACCCAUACCGCAUCCUUCCACCAGGGGGAAAGGGGUUCAGUAGUUUCUGCGUAAUCCAGUAAUUAUAAACAUCACCUCCCCGGUACAGAGCCUGAGGACCUCGGUGCUGAUAAAUUAUGUCACCGUGAUACAAGGAAGGAGGAAACAUAAACUGAAUGAAAAACGGACAAAGGUUGUCGUCAUAAAUUUGUUAACAAUCUACCUGAAGUGUGUCGAUGGGUCUCAAUGCUCAUGUUAUUGUCCAGAGAGGAAUAAAGAACCAGUUUAAAGAACAGGAGUGUGCUGAAGGUUUUAAAUAAAAUGAAAUAUCUCUAACUUACAUUUUGAAGAAUUUUUUUAAUCUUUUUUUACUUUUCAUGUGAAUAUUUUUUAUUUUUUGUUAUCUUUCGCAGUUCGUGUGAUUGGGACAGGACAUGAAUAAUAACUGUUUUAUUGGGAGUUUAAUAACGCAUCCUUUCCUACUCGUUUGGUCAGUAAGUCCCAUCAUGUAAAUGUGUAUCAUAUGAGUUCAGUGUAUAUAUAUAUAUAUCAAUAAAAACAAUCACUCUGGUAGCUAAUUUGAUUAAAUAUGUUGAACAUUGUGACCAGUUGCUCUAAUGUGCAGGGGGUAAAUACAUAAGAAAAUAUUUUAUGAAGAAAUGGUCGUUUUUUUUAUAUGGAAUCGUUUGCAGACAUUGUGUGUUUUCAAAAGCAUAUAAAACAUUUAAACCUCC